ACAUUCCCUUUUCACCCUUGUUCACACAUACACCAUGCAGUUGCAGGAACUGAUUGAUGGUUUCUUGGACCACUGUACGAUCUUUACAGCCGUAAUCGCCCUUAUAACCGUGGUAUUUGGACUUCUUGGUGUUUUGAUAAAUGUUGUCUCUUUCUUUGGAUUAAGUGUUGAAAACAUAAGUCUUUUACGAAUUCAUUCAUUGAAUACUUAUCCCCUUGUGCAUGAUGGCUUUCUUCCUUUUGUAUUAGGACUCGCAAGCAUUCUUGUGUUGAUGCCCAAGUUUGAACGGCGUUACGGUACUCUUUGUACUAUUGCCCUCUUUUUUGGAUUUCUUGAAGUUAUCCCAGCUGGUUUUUAUCUUCUCAUAUGCUAUCUUUUUAACAGUUCCACUGUUUAUGCUGGAUGCGGUGGAUGGCUGUUCUCCUUUUUGACAAUGUAUUUGUUGAAUCUGUUUGACAAUUUACAUCCUAAACUUAUGACUUUAAGUCAAAACGUUCGAAUUGGUAUUGCAUUUGCAGCCCCUCUGUUGAUGUUGCCAUUGGAUUUUUCGACAAGCUUCUUUUUACACAUCGCUGCCGUAGCUACCUCUGUCGUGUUUUCAUUGUCUUUUCUCGACUUUUUGAUUCCAAAGGUUCAUUGGCUCGUGACAAUUGAAACGAAACUGUCUCGUUUCAUUGACAACGUUCCUAACUAUGUUUCGGUCUCUGAGGCGGUUCAUUACCAACGUGCAGGCGGACUCCCUGUUCACAUGCAAGAUGUUAAUGUUCCCAGUGGUGAUGUUGUAUAGACAUCUCUGACAAUAGCAUAAUAUAUGUAACUUUAGUGCUUAACAAUUUCACACGGCCAUUUGCUUUGACAAACAAUUUGGUCCUUUGAACGUUCAUAAAAACAAAUUCAUCAUUCUACUCUUAUUAAGUGUCUUUUAUAUGAUGUUAAUAGACGCCUUGUAUGGAUA